UGUGAGAGGCUUGUAUGAGCCCUCUUGCUCUGCAGUCUGCUCCGUGCCCCGGGCAGCAGCAGGAACGAGUGAGAGCACAGCCCUGCAUAGACGGAGGAGGGGCCUAGGCCACGACUGUAAAUUGAAUCCAGCUGGGAGGAGGCCCAGGGCUGCUAAGGGACUUGUGUCCGGGUGGCGGAUUAGCUGCUGGAGCCCAGGCUGUGCCCGCCCUUCUCCCUGGCAAGCAGAGGGCUCUCUCCCCACCAGGUGCCCAUGGGCUGGACCAUGAGGCUGGCCACAGCAGCCCUGCUCCUGGGCCUCACGGUGGCGGUCACUGGAGAGGAGGAAGACAAUGACGUGUGCGUGUACGAGGCUCUGCCCGACAACGACGCUGUCCUUUGCAAGGGCCUUAAGGUUUUCUACCCAGAGUUGGGUAACAUCGGCUGCAUGAUCGUUCCUGAAUGCAACAAUUACAGACAGAAGAUCACUACCUGGCCCGAACCAAUUGUGAAGUUCCCUCAGGCCCUGGAGGAUGCAGCCUACAUCCUGGUGAUGGUGGACCCGGAUGCCCCCAGCAGGUCUUCUCCCAAAGCUCGAUUCUGGAGACAUUGGCUGGUGUCAGAUAUCAAGGGCACCGACAUGAAGAUAGGGAAGAUUCAGGGCCAGGAGUUAUCGCCCUACCAGCCUCCCUCCCCACCAGCACACAGUGGCUUACAUCGCUACCAGUUCUUUGUCUAUCUUCAGGAAGGAAGGACCAUCUCUCUCCCUCCCAAAGAAAACAAAACUCGAGGCUCUUGGAAAAUGGACAAAUUUCUGAGCCACUUCCACCUGACUGAACCUGAAGCCAGCACCCAGUUCAUGACCCAAUAUUACCUGGAUGCGCUAAGUCCCCAGAACCCGGGAGGAGUAAGCAAUGUGACGACGGACAAACCUGAACCGAAAUAACUGCCUGCCAGACCUCAAGCUUCACACUGCCCGUGUGUCCACAGUGCGCACCACCCAUGGUCUGGGUGUGGACUCUCCCUCUCUGGGUAUAGAACCCCCUUUCUCUUCCAAAUUAAAAAAAAAAUCAUCUAGGGCUUAA